CACCACCAACUGCAGUGCACAAACACACGUUAGGCACAGGAAAGAAAGAAAGAGAGAGGACACACUAACAGUAAACACAAACAAAAGGGUGAUGGGAUUAUUUUACUGCAUGCACUGCUGAGCCCGACAUUGUCACCUCCUCUUUGAGGGGUUAGAAGAAGCUGAGAUCUCCCGACAGAGCUGGAAAUGGUGAUGAAUCUUUUUUAAUCAAAGGACAAUUUCUUUUCACUGCACUUUGACUAUGGAAACAGAGGCUAUUGAUGGCUAUAUAACGUGUGACAAUGAGCUUUCACCUGAAAGGGAACACUCCAGUAUGGCAAUUGACCUCACCUCAAGCACACCCAAUGGACAGCAUGCCUCACCAAGUCACAUGACAAGCACAAAUUCAGUAAAGCUAGAAAUGCAGAGUGAUGAAGAGUGUGACAGGAAACCCCUGAGCCGCGAAGAUGAGAUCAGGGGCCAUGAUGAGGGUAGCAGCCUAGAAGAACCCCUAAUUGAAAGCAGCGAGGUGGCAGACAACAGGAAAGUCCAGGAGCUUCAAGGCGAGGGAGGAAUCCGGCUUCCGAAUGGUAAACUGAAAUGUGACGUCUGUGGCAUGGUUUGCAUUGGGCCCAAUGUGCUUAUGGUACAUAAAAGGAGUCACACUGGUGAACGUCCCUUCCAUUGUAACCAGUGUGGAGCUUCUUUUACUCAGAAGGGCAACCUUUUGAGACACAUAAAGUUACACUCUGGAGAGAAGCCGUUCAAAUGUCCUUUCUGUAGCUAUGCCUGUAGAAGGAGGGACGCCCUCACAGGACACCUCAGGACUCACUCUGUGGGUAAACCUCACAAGUGCAACUACUGUGGACGAAGCUACAAGCAGCGCAGUUCACUGGAGGAGCACAAGGAACGCUGCCACAACUAUCUCCAGAAUGUCAGCAUGGAGGCUGCCGGGCAGGUCAUGAGUCACCAUGUACCUCCUAUGGAAGAUUGUAAGGAACAAGAGCCUAUUAUGGACAACAAUAUUUCUCUGGUGCCUUUUGAGAGACCUGCUGUCAUAGAGAAGCUCACAGGGAAUAUGGGAAAACGUAAAAGCUCCACUCCACAAAAGUUUGUGGGGGAAAAGCUCAUGCGAUUCAGCUACCCAGACAUUCACUUUGAUAUGAACUUAACAUAUGAGAAGGAGGCUGAGCUGAUGCAGUCUCAUAUGAUGGACCAAGCCAUCAACAAUGCAAUCACCUACCUUGGAGCUGAGGCCCUUCACCCUCUGAUGCAGCACCCACCAAGCACAAUCGCUGAGGUGGCCCCAGUUAUAAGCUCAGCUUAUUCUCAGGUCUAUCAUCCAAAUAGGAUAGAAAGACCCAUUAGCAGGGAAACCUCCGAUAGUCAUGAAAACAACAUGGAUGGCCCUAUCUCUCUCAUCAGACCAAAGAGUCGACCCCAGGAAAGAGAGGCCUCUCCCAGCAAUAGCUGCCUAGAUUCUACUGACUCAGAAAGCAGCCAUGAUGACCACCAGUCCUACCAAGGAAACCCAGCCUUAAAUCCCAAGAGGAAACAAAGCCCAGCUUACAUGAAGGAGGAUGUCAAGGCUUUGGAUACCACCAAGGCUCCUAAGGGCUCGCUGAAGGACAUCUACAAGGUCUUUAAUGGAGAAGGAGAACAGAUUAGGGCCUUCAAGUGUGAGCACUGUCGAGUCCUUUUCCUAGACCAUGUCAUGUACACCAUUCACAUGGGUUGCCAUGGCUACCGGGACCCACUGGAAUGCAACAUCUGUGGCUACAGAAGCCAGGACCGUUAUGAGUUUUCAUCACACAUUGUUCGAGGGGAGCACACAUUCCACUAG